CCUCUAGGUGUGAAUCGCUGAUUUUUGCUUUGAAACACCUAACCUUACAAUACAGUCGAUUCACUUAGUAAAAGGAAAUGCUGUGAAAUGGCUAUGAAAAAGUCAUUAUUCCAAACCAAUCUAUUCAAAUCGUUGACCAUUUACAAUGGAAAAACAAACGUAAGGUUUACCAAAUCAACUGCCACCAGCGCAGCUGAGACAUCUGAGACGGAAAACGAUUCUGCCACUGACGUUACCCCGGCCACUGUUUUGUUCGAUGGCGAUGAUACCGAAUUAAGGGAAGCGACUAUUGAGAAGAAUCGCAACAAAUCUCGUCUGUUGCCGCAGCACCAAAAAAUGUUGCACGACACUCGUCCCUACGAUGAGGCGCAUUCUUGGAUUCAUAAUACGGUUAAAUAUAAGCGAAUGAUGUUUGGCAGGUACGGGCUAGCAAGCGGUGUUGAUCCUCGCAUUUGCUUCUACAGCAACAACGAGUUAGCAGAUCAAAGAGAAUACGAACAAGUUGCAUUCCCAUUCACGUUGCAGGAAAUGAUGAAGGAGAAUGCACAAAUCAAAGCCGAAAAGGAGGAAAAAAUUCGAAAGCGAGAGGACGACAUUGACAAAAAAAUGGCCAAACUCGAUAUGUGGACCAAGGAACUCAAUGCAAAAAUUGCGAAGAAAGAAGCCGAUGCUAAAGCAGCGAAGGAACGAAAAGAAAGACUUGUCGAAGAGGUACGACGGCAGUUCGGCUUCAAAUUGGAUACAAAGGAUGACAGAUUCAAGGAACUUGUGGCUCAGAAGGAGAAAGAGGACAAAAAGAAACAGAAGGAAGAGCGCCGAAAAAUUAAAGAAGAGAAAAUGAUGGCCAAAUUGCUACAACGAACGACACCAUCCAGCGAGGAGAAACUAUCACCAACCGAGGGCAAACCACCAACCACAUAAGGCUUAUGACUUACGGUUGUACAAAGAAUAGUUAAUAAAUUUAGUGACUCAAACGACA